AUGGAUUCGCUAAAGCAGAGGCUGGUGGAUGCACGGGAUACUAUAAUCAAGCUUCAAUGUGAACUCGAUGAGAAAGACAAGGAACUUAUUAAGAUCGUAUGCGAGCAGAAAGCUCUUUCGAAAGAGGUAAUGUCCGCUCACAAAAAACGCGAUGCUCUUGAACUCAACUUGGAACAAACGCAAAAUAACCUUAAAAAAUGUCUGGUACAGUUGGAGGAGUGUGAGCGGGCCGCUGAGGAGAGUAGAAAAGCGGCCAGCAAUCUGGCCAAGAAAAGAGAUGCCCAGGAAUUACUCUUGUCGGGGCUUGAAAAUAAGGUUGUAGAAGUCAGUGAAGCCGCUAAAGUAGCACAAAACAAGUUUACCGAGGCGGUGCAUAAGUUACGGGAAAUCGAAGAGAAAACUGAUCAAAUGGAAAGUUUAAUUGAAAAGAAGCAAAGGACACUUUCUGAGCUACAUGAACUUAAUGUUCUUUACUCGAACAAGCUUAAGUCUUUCGAAACAUCAGCCGAGUCUGCGAAUUCAAGCGUCGAAUGUAUUGAAAAAGAAAUAAAAGAGGUCCUCGAAAAGCUUAAUGCCGCUAAUCAGAGGGCGAAAUACGCUGAACAAAAUGCCCAUCUAAAUCAACUUGAACUGGCUAGGCUUGAAGAUGAAUUGGCUGAUUGGAAGGAUAAAAACACGUGUCUGAGGUCCGAAAUUGAACGAAUAAGCGUGGAACUAGAAUGA